CGGCUCCAAAAAGAGGAAAAUAACAAGUAUUAUGAGUAGUUUUUAUCCUCACAUGACCUAAUUUGGCUCUAUUUGAGUUUGGUGUGGCUGUUAAUGUAUGAUAUGUGCUACUGAAGCGUCAGGGGUUGGUGCUACGUGUGCUGUGAAAAGGUUAACACCCCACUUUGAUAUUUAUCGUUGCUCCGAGCUUUGCUUAAAGGAGCAGCCAGGAGGUAAGGAAGUAAAAGCGAGUGCGUUGGGUACAUACAGAGCAUUAUUGUUGAUUUGGAAAGUCAGUAGCGGCUCAGUUUUCCAGCUGGGCUUUUGUGUGGAUGGAUAGAAAGCUGUAGCUAUAGGGGGAGGAGGAGGAGGAGGAGGAGGAGGUGAGGACGCACCGAGCAGAUAAGAGACUUAUUGGCUGCGCUGCUGCCGCUGGCUGCCUGGAUUCUGACCCGUAUUUUUUUUUUUUUUUUUUUUUUUAAUCAGAAAACAAGCGCUUUGUGUUACAGGCCCCCGGAAAAAAAAACACACACACAUCGCCUCACCGGGAGGACGGUAGCAUGGUCAGCUUGGAGAGGGCCCGUCUCUGCAUUUCACUGCGCCCACACCGGAUCCACUGAGGCGGUUUGGAGCCACAAGCGUCCGACAUGGGGAAGGAGGUAAACGGCGUUUCACGGAGCCGGUUUGAGAUGUUCACAAACAGCGAUGAGGCGGUCAUCAAUAAGAAGCUGCCCAAGGAGCUGUUGCUACGAAUCUUCUCCUUUCUGGAUGUGGUGACACUCUGUCGCUGUGCCCAGGUCUCACGGUCCUGGAAUGUCCUGGCCUUGGACGGCAGCAACUGGCAGCGAAUCGACCUCUUUGACUUUCAGAGGGACAUCGAGGGCCGGGUGGUGGAGAACAUUUCCAAGCGAUGCGGGGGGUUCCUGAGGAAGCUGAGCCUGCGGGGGUGCCAGGGUGUGGGUGACAGCGCCCUGAGGACUUUUUCACAGAACUGCAGAAACAUCGAGCUGCUCAGUCUGAACGGCUGCACCAAGAUCACUGACAGCACGUGUAACAGCCUCAGUAAGUUCUGUCCAAAGCUGAAGCACCUGGACCUCGCCUCGUGUACCUCCAUCACCAACCUGUCACUCAAAGCUCUCAGUGAGGGUUGUCCUUUGCUGGAGCAGCUGAACAUCUCCUGGUGUGAUCAGGUCACCAAGGACGGCAUCCAGGCCCUGGUUCGCUCCUGCCCCGGACUCAAAGGCCUUUUCCUCAAGGGCUGCACACAGCUAGAAGACGAGGCUCUGAAGCACAUCGGGGCUCACUGUCCAGAGCUGGUCACACUCAACUUACAAACAUGCUCGCAGAUCACAGACGAAGGCCUCAUCACCAUUUGUCGGGGUUGUCACCGCCUGCAGUCUCUGUGUGUGUCGGGUUGUGCCAACAUCACAGACGCCAUCUUGCACGCUCUGGGACAGAACUGCCCUCGCCUCAGAAUAUUAGAAGUGGCUCGCUGCUCUCAGCUUACAGACGUGGGCUUCACUACAUUAGCAAGAAAUUGUCAUGAACUUGAGAAGAUGGAUUUAGAAGAAUGUGUGCAGAUCACGGACGGCACACUCAUCCAGCUGUCGAUCCACUGCCCUCGAUUGCAAGUCUUGAGUCUGUCCCAUUGCGAGCUGAUCACCGACGACGGCAUCAGACACCUGGGCAGCGGACCCUGCGCUCACGACCGGCUGGAGGUGAUCGAGCUGGACAACUGCCCCCUGAUCACGGACGCCUCGCUGGAGCACCUGAAGAGCUGCCACAGUCUGGAUCGCAUCGAGCUCUACGACUGCCAGCAGAUCACCCGAGCCGGCAUCAAGAGACUAAGGACCCACCUGCCUAACAUCAAAGUGCACGCGUACUUCGCUCCCGUCACUCCGCCGCCCUCCGUCGGGGGCAGCCGCCAGAGGUUUUGCCGCUGCUGCGUCCUGCUAUGAUGUAAAGACCCCCUUCCCCUCUUCCUCCCCCCGUCGUCCUUCGUCCACGCUCCUCCCACACGUCACCUCACCCCUGACCUCUGUCCUCCCCCCCGUCCAUCAUAGACUACAUGCUGGUGUGUCCCACCCCCACCACCCCCACCUUAUGGAGCUGCAGAGAGAGGGAGCGAGCCAAACAUCGCUGCAGGGUUUUGGGUAACAUUUCCCCCCCCAACACAAACGACAUCCUCGAAUCUCACACGAGCCACAAACACACUCACACAUUAACUCCUGCAAGAACACAUUCCUGAUCUGCGUCAGUAUUACAAAGAGGGUGGGGAAAAAAAUAAAUCAGACGCCGCUGCUGAGGGAUUUACUGCAAAAGGAUCUUUCAGAAAAAAAAACCUGACUUUUUUCUCCUCACGAAGCACUUUGAGACAGAUUUGAAGCAUCCCGUUGAACCACUUUAUUCCCUCGGUGGUGAAAUAACAGCUACCUCUAGACAGUGUUUGCUUGCAGGCUGUUUAUUUCAAAAUAAGAGAGAGGAAAAAAAAAAGAAAGGGGGCAGCGAUAUAUUCAAUUAACUGCCAACAUCCCCAACACACACACACACACACAGAGGAAGCAGCAAAAGGACUCUUUGGUGUUUUUUUUUUUAUUAUUAUUUUAAUACUUGCAGCUAUUUGCACUUACAGUCAAGCAAUGAUGAGACACUUUAUCUCAAAAUCGAAGCAUUUUACUAACAAAACACACGGAUUUAAGAAAAACAAAUGCAUCCACUGCGCUUCAAGCAGCCACCGAAGCCCCUCACCUCUCUCUCUCUGUCUCUGUGUUACAAUCAGAAUAUACUGAAGAGAAAAAAAAAACAAUAUUUUUCUAAAAAAACAAACUUCAAAAAAACAACACGACACAAGUGGGGACUCGGAGAAGAUGCCAAAUGUUGCAUGUAACACCUCUAGUUUUUUAAAAAAUCUAAUUGUAAAUACGCGAGGAGGACCGCGGGGAGUCCAAGCCAGCUGGAGAAACGACGCGAAGGCGACGCGAGAUCACGGCGAGUCGGUCGGCGGGGAGUUUCCGAGGACACGGAAAAGACACUACAUGACUUCCGGGCGGGGACGACGGAAAGAAAGAGAGAGAAAAAAAAAAAGCCAACUGAAAACAAUCAAUUUCUUUUCAGUUCGAUUUCAUUGAGUUGUUUCUCGACGAGGAGCGGAUGAGUCCCAUGAGGCCUUGCAGGGCGACGGAGUGACACUUCCGGCCUGCUGACGGAAUGAUUUAUUUUAUUUUGUUUUGUGUGUGUGGGGGGGAGGCUACAACGGACUUCAAGCCCCUCGACUUUUUGGAAGUAUUUCAGCCUUUUUCUUUUCUUUCUUCUGGAUUAUCUCGUCCUGCACCUGCUUUAUUCUGUCUCAUUUUAUAAAUGUGUCUCUUUUCUUUCUCCUCCACUCGAUCUCUUUCUGUUUUUUUUUUUUUUUUUUUGCUGUGGUUUUUUUGGAUUCUGCCUGCUUUGUGUUUUGAAGUUCAGUGUCUCAGUUUGAAGCCCCUCUUCCCUCAGUUUCGAUCGGAUGGAGUUUUUUUUUUUUUUUGUCAUUAAGAGUUCAUUGUUACUAAAUGUCCAGCCUUUUUGUCCGGGGGACGUUUCGACACCAGUGCAAUUGUAAUAAAUGUUAAAUGUUUUCUUUUUUUUUUUUGUUGCUGUUGUAAAUGUGAGUUGAGGAGUCCUCGAUGACGUGUGUGUGUGUGUGUGUGUAUGACGUAGGAUCCACUUUAUUGAAUGUUUCCAUCAUGGAGAGGCUCUUCGGGCGUCUGGUGCCGCUUUAGUAGAAAGAUUUCUUUCCUCUCCUUUUCAUUUUUAUGCCUUUCGCUCUCCAGACUAUUGAUCGGCCACAUGCACGGCUGCAGGCAUGCAUCAGGCACAACGCUGCAGGAUAAUACGAGCCGAGAUGAAUCCAGUGUAAUCCAGUCUGAUCUGUUUUGUUUGAAUGAGGAGGGGAGGAGGAAACGAGAGUCAAAAUGGCGGAGAAAUGUAAUGUACUCUGUCCUCAUGCUCCGGGGUUAAGACUAAAGUCAUAGGAUUCCAGACGACAGCGACACUUUGAAUGGAUUACAGUAAUACUCAACCUGCUCCCCACAGAAAGAAAUAACCUGUCACCAGUCUGUUCAAGGUACAGAAAUACACUACAAGGCAGAGAAACACCGGAUUUUAUUUCCCAGCUCAGCAUCCAACACCUGUGUCCGUUUGUUUUUCUGCAUGUUCGGUCCCAAACACUGGAGUCGGGUUGAGGAUUUUACAAAAUAAAAGAGGGCAACAGGUGAAUCUACAGUGUGUUCAUGGUAGAUUGACUCCUGAGAAAUAAAUAAAAACAAACAAAAAAAACCAGUUUUGACAAUGACUGUAGUUCAUAUAAUUACUGUAAAUCUUUUCCUUUUUUUCUUUUCUUUUUUCUUCUUUUUUUUUUUUUUUUUUUUUACAAUUAACCGAUAUAAAUGAAUAUGUACGUAUGAAUAAAUAUAUACCUAUAUUAUUAAGA